CCCUCUCGUCUCAACUCAUCUCUACCACCGCCCCGCCUCUUGAUUUGGUCGUCGAACGUGGACCUCGCCGCUUCACGCCCGUCUUUAUUGCCAUCGCCACCACUAGCAACAGCAACCCUCCUCACACCUGCCGUUGUACACGCACGAUGUAUGCUACAUCAUCCUCAUAGACAGUACCGGCAUAAGGCCCUUUCCCCACACCAUCUGCACCCGCAACAACGACGGCAAGCUGCGCUAUCAUGGGCACACCUCGCGAUCCAUCUUCAGAGACAAUAGCUGGGCAGCCAUCGUCCUCGAUAUCAUCGCCUGAGCGGCCACUGGGUCCCCCGCGGCCUCCGCAUCUGUCCCCAACAUCUCCCAGGGGUCACUCCAAUGUCUCGUCUCUGGCCACAUCGCUCGAAUUGGAGCUGCCAUUGGCCGCUACGUCGUCCACAUAUGGGCAUGUGACAGGCGAUGAGCAGCCAAUAGCAUCGACUUCGCAAUUACCGCCGCUCCCACCAUCACCGCCCUCAGAUCCAAUGGCUGAGUCUCCCACCUCUGCGGGUGCGGCAGCGGGAGCGGUGGAGGCGCAGACGUUGAUGCAGAUGCUCACGCUCGUGGGCAGCAGGCUGAUAGAGGCGGAUCAAAUGGGGUUGGCUGAUGCUGCGCAGCGACAAGAGCAAGAUCGAGGGGACUCUACCGGAGACAGCAGCUUGGCAUCGAGUCAAGAGCUGGACCCUGCCGCCGGUGCUGCGCCGUCCGAGGGGGUCGCAGGUACUCAAAGAGGCGCAAGCAGAUUAGCAGGCAUCAGGUCAGAGCUCCUUGCUGACGAUAGCUCAACACCGCGAGGAGGUCAGACGCCUCUGGGCGCCUCGAUGAGCUCGACUCGUCCAGUGAGUCGCCUGCGAGAGCCUCGCAGCUCAUCUGCGCUCUCUCAUAAAACAGAGCCGCAAGACAGUGCCACCUCAAGCAGCAGCAGCAGCAGUAGCAAUCUCUCUGACGACGAGGAGCCCGAGCGGUUGGACGUCGCCAACCCCCUACCUUCACGCCUGGACGAACUUUCUACCAAGCUCCAAUCAAUAUUCAGCCUCCCCUCCGACGAGCUUGUCCGCUUCUGUGCUUCAUGCUGGCUGUUCCGCUCAGUCCUCCUUCAAGGCCACAUCUAUCUCACCGACGGGCACCUCCUCUUCUACGCCUAUCUGCCCACACGAGAGGACAAGGUGGUCAAGGCUGGUCAUCUCCGCAAGAAGACGAGAAAGACAUUGCGGUUCUCACAUCACUGGGCCGUCCUGAGGGGCAGGGCUCUUAGUUGGUAUGACAGUCAGCACGACCCUUACUUUCCAAGGGGACAUAUUGAUUUGCGAGACGUAUCCGACGUACGGCCUAGCGCCAGCAAGGCUCGACAUUUUCGCGUCUUUACGCCGCAGCGGACAUUCGUGUUCGGCGUCGACUCACAGGCAAGUCGCGACGAUUGGGUGGAGACGCUGAAGAAGGCGGCUUUUCGCGCGCAGAAUGAAGGAGAGAGCGUGCGGAUCAGCAUACCGCUCGAGGCAAUCGUUGACGUGGACAGCACCUCAACGAGCAGCGCGGCUCAGUCUGCGGCCGACCUAGUCUCUGUGCAAGUCAUCGAGUGGCAGUCGAACGAGUUUGCGCUGGACGAUUACCAUUUCCUUCACUUCUUGGGAGAUCAAAAGCAGGCCCUUGUGAAUCAGCUCCGCCAGAGGCUAGCGCAAGGGCCAAUCGGCUCACGUCGCUCGAUGGGCUCGACGAGGGACUCGACUGGCAGCCUGAGACAAGAUACCUCGAGAACGGCGCUGGAAGAGGCGCCGAGGCUCGCAAGUGUGGAUCCGAAAAGCGGAGCUCGUCAAGAAGCUCGAGCUUCUCCCUUGCCGCAUACGACGGGCGCUGCCGCCAUCGCGAUACCAGCGCGAGCCGGCCAGCCCAGAGCAAGUGGCUCCGAUGAAGGUCGCUCGCCCUCCUCUGCAGACGAUCACGGGCUGUCGAGCACACUUCGAGCGAGUCACAUUCACGCUUCCAGCCUCGAACCGCCCGUUCAGCCCUCAGGCUAUCCCCCUCGUCCAGUAGAAGGGGUCAUACCACCCUCGAGCGAAAGGAGAUCAUGGAAUGCCGUACCUGACUGGGCAAAGGCGGUUCCUUCGCGCCUCCUCGCAGCAAGUGGGGCUGCAGCGCGUGGCUCGCUGAGCGCUAUUGCUGCAAAUCGGCAAGGCAUUCUGCGGCCCAUCACUGAGGUCUGGUCCUCCCCACCUCGCAUGGAUGCGAUACCCAGCAGCAUGGCCAAUGACGGAUCUGGGCAGGAUAUGUCCGACUCUCUUUACUCCAACUUCUCGGUGCUUGACUCACUCACCUCCGAAGAUGAGGAAGACCGGCAACGUCUCGUAGAGCAACACAGCAUCUCUUCAUUCCGGGACACAUUCGCUCUUCCCUCGACGGAGGGCUUACAUCGGCAAAUCGAUGCCUAUCUCUACCGAGUUCUCCCUCUGCCUGGCACCCUGUUCAUAUCGGACAACCACCUCUGCUUCCUCUCCGAGUCGUCACAGCUGGCCAAUAAGGCCAUGGGACUGACGAAGAUGGUCUUGCCGUUGCGGGAGAUCAUCUCGUGCGCUAAGCACAGGGCCUUUCGCUUCGGUCAACACGGACUUGUGUUGACGAUUCGCGGGCACGAGGAGCUCUUCCUCGAGUUUUCAAGCAAGGAGAGGAGAGAUGAGUGCUUGACGCUGAUCGAGGGCCGUUUGGAGCAGGUAGGGGGCGAGCUAGCCGCAGCGAGAAACGCAAUCGAGCGCGAGCGAAGCGAAGCGAUCAUUCUAACCGACCUCGUACAUCAACAGCAAGCCCAGCAGCGGUCAACGAUGAGCGACUCUCUUUCCUCCCUCCAUUCCAGUUCGGCAACCUCCACCUCUGAAUCAGACAGCAGUGCCGCCGUCUCCCUGCUGAGCUUCAAGCCCGCCAAGGCCCUCUCCUUUACGCUCCUCACUAUUGGCUCGCGUGGAGACGUCCAACCUUACCUCGCCCUCGCCAAAGGCUUGGCCGCUGACGGUCAUAAGGUUCGCAUUGCCACUCACGCCGAGUUUGGCGACUGGAUUCAGCAACACGGUGUCGACUUUGCAGAGAUCGGGGGAGACCCGGCUGAGCUCAUGAGAAUAUGCGUUGAGAAUGGGACAUUCACUGUCUCUUUUCUGCGCGAAGGGGUGACAAAAUUCCGCGGCUGGCUAGACGACUUGCUAGUGUCCUGUUGGCAUGCCUGUCAAGGAAGCGAUGUAAUCAUCGAGUCCCCCAACGCAAUCGCAGGUAUCCACGUCGCAGAGGCGUUGCGCGUUCCCUACAUGCGCGCCUUUACCAUGCCAUGGUCACGGACGCGCGCUUAUCCUCAAGCAUUUGCCGUACCCAGCAAGAGGGCAGGGGGUAGCUAUAAUUACCUCUCGUACGUCAUCUUCGAUCAGGUGCUCUGGCGUGCUUCAGCCGGGCAGAUCAAUCGAUGGCGCAAGAGCUGUCUUGGUCUGGCAACGACAACGUAUGACCAGCUAGAGCAGCACAAGGUACCCUUCCUAUACAGCUUCAGCCCGAGCUUGGUGCCUAAGCCCCUCGAUUGGUACGACUGGAUUCACGUUACGGGCUUCUGGUACCUUGACAAUCCGGAGAGCAGCUGCUGGACACCGCCGAAGGACCUGAUGGCCUUCAUUGAGUCGGCUAGGCAGAAAGGGAAAAAGAUCGUCUACAUCGGCUGGGGAUCCAUCACUGUACCCGAUGCGGCGGCUACGACGCGCUGCGUCCUCGACGCGGUGCGAAGGAGCAACGUCUGCGCUAUUUUGUCGAAAGGAUGGUCGGAACGACUCUCAGCGAAGAGCAGCGGUGGGCGAGGCGCAGCAGAGUGUGCUCUUCACUCUUCGCCUGACGUCUACCGCGUCGACUCGGUGCCUCACGACUGGCUCUUUCCACUCAUCGACGCCGCCUGCCACCAUGGCGGAGCAGGCACAAUCGGUGCCUCCCUACGCGCCGGCCUCCCCACGAUCGUCAAGCCGUGGUUCGGCGACCAAUUCUUUUGGGGCCAGCAAGUCGAGAGCCUCGGCGUGGGAAGCUGUGUCAAGGAGCUGAGCGUUACUUCGCUGUCAGCGGCGUUGGUAGAGGCGACGCAAAGUGCUCGAGUGGUGGAGAGGGCUAGGGCUCUGGGCGAGAAGAUAAGGCAGGAGAACGGGGUAGCAGAGGCGGUAAGGGCUAUUUACACCGAUCUGGAAUAUGCAACGACGCUGAUCCUGAGGAGGAGUGCGAGGGGUGGUGUCGAGCCGAGAAGAGUUGCGAGUGGUGGCCGCUCAAGGUCAACGAGCGCAUCCGUGGCGGGAUCCGAGGAUUGGUCGGUGCUCUCCGAGGGCGAGGAUGAUGCGGCCAGGACUUGA